AUGACAGCUGGGAGCUCAAAUGGGACAGCCAACAUCUCCUACACAGAAUUUCUCCUGCUUCCCUUCCCAGGCCUCCAGGAAUCCAGAUAUCUCCUCAGCAUCCCUUUCUUCUUAUUAUUUGUGAUAAUUAUUACAGCCAACUCUGUCCUGAUCCACACUGUGAGGGUCGAAGCGAGUCUCCACUCGCCAAUGUAUCUGCUCAUAGCUCUACUCUUUGCAGUCAACAUCUGUGGGACUUCAACCAUCUUUCCCCAAAUGCUCCUGAGUUUCGUGCUCCAGGCCACCCACAUCUCCUUGACCGGCUGCCUGGUGCAAAUGUUCUUCCUGUACUUUUCAACUGCUCUAGACUGCAACAUUCUUCUGAUGAUGGCGCUGGAUCGGUAUGUCGCCAUUUGCCAUCCGCUGCGCUACACAGAAAUCUUGACCGCCAGACUCCUGAUUUUGCUAACCCUUGCAUCUUUCACGUGUACCCUCUUUGUUGUUGGCCCCGUGGUGAUCUUGGCUUCGCGGGUGCGGUUCUGCCGUUCCAACGUCAUCCGCCAUUUUGCCUGUGAGCACAUGGCUCUCAUGAGGCUGUCCUGCAGUGACAUCUCAGUCAACAAGACAGUGGGUAUCACGCUGAGGUGCAGUUACAAUAUCAUCAACCUUAGCUUGCUUCUAGUUUCCUACAGCAAAAUUAUCCACACAGCCUUGAAGAUCUCAUCUGGCAACGUCCGGCACAAAGCCUUUCACACCUGCGGCACCCACCUGAUUGUCAUCUUCAUUUGCUUCACCUUCCGUCUCUCCUCCUCUGUUGUCUUCCGUGUAGCCAAAUCUGCCUCUGCAGAUGUCCACAACCUGAUUAGCGCAAUCUACCUGCUGUUCCCUUGGGCUGCCUACCCCAUUGUCUAUGGCGUGAGAACCAAAGAAAUCAGAGACAACUUACUGAAACUCUUUAGAAGAAAAUGUUCUCCCUUUUAA